CCGCCGGGCCAGGAGCCGCACUUGUUAGUGUGUGCGUGUGUGGGUGCGCCUCGGAGGGGCGGAAGGACGGGGGACGAGAACACCGUCACCCGGGACGACGACUAGGAGAAAGCGGGGACGGGGGGCGCUCUCAGGCUCCGACCCCCGGCCGAGGGGAUGAAGGGAGUAUGGGCGCCAAGGAGUCACGGAUCGGAUUCCUCAGCUACGAGGAGGCGCUGAGGAGAGUCACAGAUGUAGAGCUGAAGCGACUGAAAGAUGCCUUCAAGAGGACAUGUGGACUGUCAUGUUACAUGGGCCAGCAGUGCUUCAUUAGGGAAGUGCUUGGGGAUGGAGUUCCACCAAAAGUUGCAGAGGUGAUCUACUGUUCAUUUGGUGGAACAUCCAAAGGGCUACAUUUCAAUAAUUUGAUAGUAGGACUUGUCCUUCUUACAAGAGGCAGAGAUGAAGAGAAAGCAAAAUACAUUUUUAGUCUUUUUUCAAAUGAAUCUGGGAGUUAUGUUGUACGGGAAGAAAUGGAAAGGAUGCUCCAUGUUGUGGAUGGAAAAGUCCCAGAUACUCUUAGGAGGUGCUUUUCAGAGGGUGAAAAAGUCAACUAUGAGAAGUUCAGAAACUGGCUACUGCAAAACAAAGAUGCUUUCACUUUUUCCCGAUGGCUACUGUCUGGAGGUGUUUAUGUUACUCUCACUGAUGAUAGUGAUACCCCUACUUUCUACCAAACUCUGGCUGGAGUCACGCAUUUGGAAGAAUCAGACAUCAUUGAUCUUGAGAAACGCUAUUGGCUGCUGAAGGCUCAAUCCCGGACUGGCCGUUUUGAUUUAGAGACAUUUGGCCCUUUGGUUUCGCCACCCAUUCAUCCAUCUCUGAGUGAAGGUUUGUUUAAUGCCUUUGAUGAAAAUCGUGACAAUCACAUAGACUUUAAAGAGAUAUCCUGUGGGUUGUCAGCAUGUUGCAGGGGACCUCUGGCUGAAAGACAAAAAUUUUGUUUUAAGGUGUUUGAUGUUGACCGUGAUGGAGUCCUCUCACGAGUUGAACUGAGAGACAUGGUUGUUGCACUUUUAGAGGUCUGGAAGGACAACCGCACAGAUGAUAUCCCUGAACUGCACAUGAAUUUGUCAGACAUUGUAGAAGGCAUAUUGAAUGCACAUGACACCACAAAGAAGGGGCAUCUUACUCUGGAGGACUAUCAGAUCUGGAGUGUGAAGAAUGUUCUUGCCAAUGAAUUUUUAAAUCUCCUUUUUCAGGUGUGCCAUAUAGUCCUGGGUUUAAGACCUGCUACUCCAGAAGAAGAAGGACAAAUUAUUAGGGGUUGGUUAGAAAGAGAGAGCAGGUAUGGCCUGCAGCCAGGACACAACUGGUUUAUUAUCUCCAUGCAGUGGUGGCAGCAAUGGAAAGAAUAUGUAAAAUAUGAUUCUCACCCUGUUGUGAUUGAGCCUGCUUCUGUCCUGAAUGGAGGGAAAAAUUCACUCAAUGUAGCAGUACAUCCUAUAGAGCAGGGGGAUGAAAGAAUGGGUGGAGGUUUCAAUUAUAUGUGUCCCACAGAAGAAAAGUUGUCAGACAAUAUUUCUACUGCAUCGGAAGCCUCAGAGACUGCUGGCAACAGCUUUCUGUAUUCUGGUACCCCAGGGACUGAUAUAUGUUUUGUUAGACAACAUAACACUUCAGACAAUAACAAUCAGUGUUUACUUGGAUCCAAUGGGAACAUCUUACUGCAACUCAAUCCACAGAAACCAGGGGCUAUUGAUAACCAGCCUUUGGUAACUCAAGAACCAGUGAAGGCUACAUCUCUAACACUAGAAGGGGGACGAUUGAAACGAGCUCCACAACUGAUCCAUGGAAGAGAUUAUGAAAUGGUCCCGGAACCUGUAUGGAGAGCACUUUAUCAUUGGUAUGGAGCCAAUUUGGCCCUUCCUAGACCAGUGAUCAAGAAUAGCAAAACGGACCUCCCAGAGCUAGAAUUGUUUCCUCGUUAUCUUCUUUUUCUGAGACAGCAACCUGCCACUCGGACACAGCAGUCUAACAUCUGGGUGAAUAUGGGGAAUGUGCCUUCUCCAAAUGCCCCUUUAAAGCGGGUGUUAGCCUACACAGGCUGUUUUAGUAGGAUGCAAACCAUCAAGGAAAUUCAUGAGUACCUGUCUCAGAGGUUGCGCAUCAAAGAGGAAGACAUGCGCCUGUGGUUAUAUAACAGUGAGAACUACCUUACUCUUCUGGAUGAUGAAGACCAUAUGUUAGAAUAUCUGAAAAUUCAGGAUGAACAGCACUUAGUUAUUGAAGUUCGGAACAAAGAUAUGAGCUGGCCAGAAGAGAUGUCAUUUAUAGCAAAUAGUAGUAAGAUAGACAGACACAAAGUUCCCACAGAGAAAGGAGCCACUGGCUUAAGUAACCUGAGUUACUCUCAAACUUCCAGGACCAACCCCAUUGGAAUGAAGGGUCACAUGGCCAAAUGUUAUGGGGACUUAGUACAGGAACUGUGGAGUGGAACACAAAAGAAUGUUGCCCCCCUGAAGCUUCGGUGGACAAUAGCAAAAUAUGCUCCCAGGUUUAAUGGUUUCCAGCAGCAAGACUCCCAGGAACUUCUGGCUUUUCUCCUGGAUGGUCUUCAUGAAGAUCUCAACCGAGUUCAUGAGAAACCAUAUGUAGAACUGAAAGACAGUGAUGGUCGUCCAGACUGGGAAGUGGCUGCAGAGGCUUGGGAUAAUCACCUGAGAAGGAAUCGAUCGAUUGUUGUGGAUUUAUUCCACGGACAGCUAAGAUCCCAAGUCAGAUGCAAAACAUGUGGGCACAUAAGUGUUCGAUUUGACCCUUUCAAUUUUUUGUCUUUACCACUACCUAUGGAUAGUUACAUGCACUUAGAAAUAACAGUUAUCAAGUUAGAUGGUACUACUCCUGUGCGAUAUGGGCUAAGGCUGAACAUGGAUGAAAAGUACACAGGUCUGAAAAAGCAACUGAGUGACCUCUGUGGACUUAAACCAGAACAGAUUCUUCUUGCAGAAGUACAUGGUUCCAACAUAAAGAACUUUCCUCAGGACAACCAAAAGGUACGGCUCUCAGUGACUGGAUUUUUAUGUGCAUUUGAGAUUCCUAUCCCUGGAUCCCCCACCUCAGCUUCAAGUCCAGUACAGACAGAUUUCUCUGGCCCGUCUACAAAUGGAAUGCUGAAUAUAUCCACCAAUGGGGAUGUGCUUCGACCAACUCUCAUUCCCAAUGGAAUGCCAAACACUGUUGUGCCAUGUGGAAUUGAGAAGAACUUUGCAAAUGGAAUAUUGAAUGGCCACGUGACAUCAUUUCCUGACAGCCCUUUCAUAGGUUACAUCAUUGCAAUCCACAGAAAAAUGAUGAGGACAGAGCUCUACUUUCUGUCAUCUCAGAAGAAUCGUCCCAGUCUUUUUGGCAUGCCAUUGAUUGUUCCAUGUACUGUGCAUACCCGGAAGAAAGACCUCUAUGAUGCAGUUUGGAUUCAGGUUUCUCGACUUGCCAGCCCACUUCCUCCUCAGGAAGCCAGUAACCAUGCCCAAGAUUGUGAUGACAGCAUGGGGUAUCAGUAUCCAUUCACACUAAGAGUUGUGCAGAAGGAUGGAAACUCCUGUGCUUGGUGUCCGUGGUACAGAUUUUGCCGAGGCUGUAAAAUUGAUUGUGCUGAAGACAGAGCUUUCAUUGGAAAUGCUUAUAUUGCUGUGGAUUGGGACCCAACAGCUCUUCAUCUUCGCUACCAGACAUCACAGGAACGGAUUGUGGAAGAGCAUGAAAGUGUGGAGCAGAGCCGGAGAGCACAAGCAGAGCCCAUCAACCUGGACAACUGUCUGUGUGCUUUCACUAACGAGGAGGAGUUGGGAGAGAAUGAGAUGUAUUACUGUUCCAAGUGCAAAACCCAUUGCUUGGCCACCAAAAAGCUGGAUCUUUGGAGACUCCCCCCAAUUCUGAUUAUUCACCUAAAACGAUUUCAGUUUGUGAAUGGACGAUGGAUAAAAUCACAGAAAAUCGUUAAAUUUCCUCGUGAAAGUUUUGACCCCAGUGCUUUUCUUGUGCCAAGAGAUCCAGCUCUGUGCCAACGAAAACUACUCACACCCCAAGGGGAUGACCUCUCUGAGCCCCGGAUUCUACAGAGUGAAGUGAAGAAAGUGGAUCCCCAGAACACAUGGGCCACUGGGGAGGGGGAUAUGCUCAGCAAGAGCCCAUCCUCACUCAGUGGAAACUUCAUCAGUAACACAAAAGGUUCUCCAUCUUUAGCAAGAAAAAGUGGAACCAGUUGCCCCUCAAGCAAAAGUAGCAGCCCAAACAGCAGCCCACGGACUUUAGGAAGGAGCAAAGGGCGGCUCCGGCUGCCUCAGAUUGGCAGCAAAAACAAGCUCUCAAGUAGCAAAGAGAACUUGGAUGCCGGUAGAGAGAAUGGCACUGACCAGACUUUUGAGCUGGCAGAUGCCAUGAGUAGGGGGCAUGUGCUAGGUGGUAGUCAACCUGAGCUAUUCACUCUUCAGGAUCACGAGGCCACCUUAGCAAACGGAUUCCUCUAUGAGCAUGACGCCUGUAGUAACGGCUGCAGCAAUGGUCACGUGGAAAACCACAGUGAGGAGGACAGCAUGGAUGAUCAAAGAGAAGAUGUCUAUGUUAAACCUAUUUACAACUUAUAUGCAAUUUCAUGCCAUUCAGGAAUUAUGGGUGGGGGCCAUUAUGUCACUUACGCCAAAAACCCAAACAACAAGUGGUACUGCUACAAUGACAGCAGCUGCAAGGAACUCCACCCAGAUGAAAUUGACACUGACUCUGCCUACAUUCUUUUCUAUGAGCAGCAGGGGAUGGACUAUGCACAAUUUCUGCCAAAGAUCGAUGGCAAAAAAAUGGCAGACACAAGCAGCAUGGAUGAAGACUUUGAGUCCGAUUACAAAAAGUACUGUGUGUUACAGUAAACUCAUGGUUCUUCCUGUCAGGCAAGGGGACAUCAGAAAAGAACACCUUACAGCUGACAUUAGUCGAAAGCAUCACUGAAGCAGGCAAGCUAAAUGUAGUUAUUUUAUCCUGUGACCCUGAAGCACAAAAUGAAAAGCCUAAUUAAAUAGCUGUUAACAUAAUGAUAAGAUUGUUUUUGUUUGGGAAUAUCUCACUACAAGCUCUGACAAGUUCUCUGAUGGGGAGUGACCAAGGCUGCCCUUGUCUGGUAAACAAAAUGGUUUGGCGUGCCAGCAAAUUAGGACCAAGGAAGAGCUAGUCUGUAGUGUAGAGUCUACUGGUUAUCCUAACAAAAUACGAAAGGUCUCCUUAGAAUAAGAAUAAAACAAAAAAACUUGUAGUGUUGUCUGGAGACGACAUGAUUUGCUACCUCCUUUUUCCUGAAGUUUUAUUCCAUUAUAUUGGCAAGACGUGGAAAGCAAGGUCAUGAAAAGGUAUAUAUGUAACUCUGGUAUGGACACUUUUUUUAGACCAUCUUGCCACUAUUUAUAUGUCUAUCUUGCUUUUUUGUUUUGUUUUUGUAUUUAGAACACAGCUAAAUCAUUGGUGGCAGAAUCUCAGAAAGGAUUUCCUCUCAGUUGUGUAACCUUCAUCCAGUGGCUGGAUGGCUUUUGGGUAGCUGUGUGUAGGAAGAGGUAUCUAAGGAAUGGUUGUCCAGGCAGAGGCACUUUGGUUUGGGAUACACCAACAUGCAUCUAUUUCUUGACUGAUGCUGGAGGAAUGUUUGUAAAUUUUCACCGUGUAUCAAAAUGCACAUAUUGCACAGAGAGUUCCUGGAAGAAAAGUUGCAUCAAGAGCUAGGUUGUGUUUUGUGAUUGAUGUUUUUUUUUUUUAAUUUUGCACUUUAAAAAACAAAACAAAACAAAACAUAAUUCGUACAGCUUAAUGUUCAAAAGCCUCAUAUUUGGUGGCUCUAAAGUGACUAGAGAGUAUUUUUGUUCCCUACUAUGAAAUUUAAAAACAACACAAUACCGAAACAUUGAUAGUUUCUAGAUAGUUCUCAUGAAACUGGUGAAUAUGUUUUUAUUAUUCAACACUUGGAAUAGAAUAAAUCUUCUAUUGGUUUGCAUUAUUUCAUUUAUAAAGUAAAGAAUUGCAGUACCCAUUUUGGCAUUUGUCAACUUUUAGGGCUUUUUUAAUUUUAUAUUUAGUACUCAUAACAUUUUGUGACUCCCUUGGUCUUCAUUGUUUCUCUAAUUAUUCAGGACUGGAAGAAAGAUAUAUUCAUUAUUUAUUUGAGACAGCAUUUUAACAUUUUUCCAGUGUUGAUGUUUUUAAAUAUAUUUGAAGUAAAUGUUUUAUUUUUUUCAGCCUUCCUUUGUUUGACUUAAUCCUGAUAUGUUGACUGUCAUUAACCACCACACUACCAAAUUUCAUCACCCUUCCUUAGAGGUGGGGGAUAAUUAUGGAUGUGAUCAACAUUUGUGUUCUGAUUUCUGAGGCUAGUUAAUAUACAGUUUCCCCUUUGUGCAUUUUGAAACAUCUUAAUCUGCCUGCAAUCUUUUUUCCAAUAAGGACUGAAAAAAUUGUGUCAUUUCACAUGAAAAUAUACUCUUACCAAUUCAGGGUGAAAUUUUAUUUUAAUAAGGUGACAUAAGUAAACAGCAGGAUUUAGAGGCUGGUGAAAUAAAACAAAAUGCAGACUUUGUUUUAGAACUUUCAGUACACAAAAAUUUUGUCUAUUCCUACUUGGACAAGCUCCAUGAAAAAGUAAAAAGAUUUUUCAAUAAUUUCCUUACCAAUGUUUUAUUUAAGCAGGUAGCACAAUCUGCUAAUGUUAUUUGAUCCGUGUUUGUUAUAUUGGUUGUAAUUAUUUUUUAAUUAAAUUAAUUCAUGAAUUAGCAGAAAAUUUAUUAAAUUAACUAUUAAUAUUAAUUACAUUCACUUUGUAAAUUACUGUAUAAAACUUAUUGACAGUGCACUGACUUUAGAAAGAUGUCAAUGUAUAUAAAUGCAGUGUAAAUAAAAUAGUGUUGAUGGUAUUGAAAUAUGAACUGUAUAAAAAAGCAUCAGUAAUUGUAUAUGGAGUGAACCUGUUUAUCUGUAACUAUUAUUACAACAAAUUAAAUACUGUGGCUGCA